AUGACGCAGCAGGAAAAACACCAGAUUUUGAGGACAGAACUUGGAUCCAUCCCAGCUUUGCCAUUGAAUGGGAGUAUGACCUUUGCAGGCCACUUGAACUCACCAAGUAGCACCAUUAAAGUGACUGGCAAUGCCCUCUCUGACUUUGGGGGAAGAGAAGCUUGCUUCCUGGGUUUCAAGGUGUCCACUUCUCCUUAUGCUGUGUUUGAAUGCACUGGAGAAGAGGACAGGGAGCAGAGUGUACAAGGUCAAGAAUUAAGAAUUGCUAAGAAAUCUGUUUUAGAAACAAGUAGUCUGCUCCCCAGAAGCAUCUCUCCAGACCCCAAACCUCCAGGGUUGCCUCCCUCCCAGGGCCUGAGGUUCAGCCAGCACCCAGUGAAGGACAAGAAGAAGAAAAGGAGUCCCAAGCCCUGCCUGACCCAGCCAGCCCAGGCCCCAGGCACACUACACAGGGUCGCUGUGCCCACCAGCCACAGUGGCUCCUUGGCCCUGGGACUCCCUCAUCUGCCAUCCCUCAAGCAGUGGACCAAGUUCAAGAGGGUAGGCAAGGAGAAACGCCGCCCAGUGCUGGCCGGAGGUAGGGGCGGCUCUGCAGGCACCCCCCUGCAGCACUCCUUCCUGACCAAGGUGACGGAUGUCUCUGAGAUGGAGGGGGGACUGCUGAACCUGCUCAAAGAUUUCCAGUCAGGCCGGCUGCAGGCCUUCGCUGGAAGAUCUUAGUAAUUCCAUAUAGAACUUGCACCUGGCCAAGAACGCCCAGCCUGAGGAGCAGUCAGCUGUGUAGAUGUCGGACCCAGGCCCAGA